AUGACUGACAACAAUCAGCUCGUGAAACGAGGAAAGUUCAAAGCUUCCAAAGCCAGCCAGUUCAUGGUUAAGAUUCCAAGGAACAAUGAGCUUGACCUUGAUGUUUCCAACUCUGAUGAAAGUAUAGAUACCCCGUUGCUUGAACAAGAUCUGUCAGUUGGUGACAAUGGUGUCAACUGUAGAAACUCGUUACAGUUACACAUCAACUCGAUGUCCCUGAAUAAGAAAUUGGGGAUUACAGGCUAUACAAAGAGAGUCCGCGAAGUGGAGAUUACAAUGACUCAAAAUCACACCUCUUCGUUUGACAACUCGUGCCCUUUGGAAAACCCCUUUAUUGCUGGGGGGUCCGAGGUUGACGAGAAGCCUCCAGAUGUUAAACAAGCAAUCGAUCUUACUUCAAAUGUUACAUUUAUUAAAUGGUGCGAUGAAUUGAAUUCUAUACAAGAAGAAGAGCAGAGACUCAUUAAACAGCUCUUUGUUGAGAGGUAUAAGUUGUACAUGAGAUACGACUUGUUGAACAAGGUGUUGACCAAAUAUGCUAGUCAAUUGAGUGCCGAAAAUAACCAAUUAAGUGAAAAAUUUGAACACAUCAAGAAAACGUUUUCUGAUAUCCUUAGUCUCACCGUCUAA